AUGUAUUACUCAACAACUGCUUUGCUAGCCUUGCUAGCUGGUACUGCGUCUGCUGCUGUUGGUGACUGGCAGCAAUGUGGUGGCGUGAGCUGGUCUGGUGAGACAACAUGCAAAUCCGGUUCUGGAUGUGUCAAAAUCAAUGACUACUACUCCCAAUGCCAGCCUGGAGCAGCUCCUGCACCACAGCCUACUCCAUCUACUUCAUCUACGCCGUCUACUCCGUCUACUCCAUCUACCCUGUCUACCUCGACUACCCCAAGUGCGCCAACCACCAGCAGUGUACCAGCAGGUAGCGGACCGGGAAAGACACUACAACCCGGCUACUACUGGAUACGCGCCGUCGCAGCACCCAAUUUCCACAAGUACAUUCAGACAAAGCCACUUUACUCGACCGGCCCGGCACUUUUGGGCGACUACACAACAGCGGGUCAGCUCCAAGUCGUUGAUGGCCAACUGGUACAACUCGUUUCUGCCCCUGGAGAACCUGUCAAACUUCUAUAUGCCAAUGUUUCCGAGGAGCGCUCCAUCAACAACAUGUCUCUCGCCGUAAGCUUCUCCGAGACCAAGAACACAUACGGCACAUUUGCAUGGGGUGGCGAUGACCUUCAAUGGAGCGUUGCGGGCGUGAACCGGCCAAACAAGAGUGCCUGGUAUGUGUGCACAGGACAGAAGCUGUACAUCAACUUGGGCAACUACUUGUAUCAGACGCCCAGUGGCUGUGCAGAUCAGACUAUCCAUUACUACAAUGACAAGACGGCGAAUGACUAG